AUGUCAUCUCCAAAAGUUAUCCUCGUUUCGUCAGAUGAUGAGAAAUUUCCAGUUGAACAAAAAGUUGCUGAAAAAUCAAUCUUGAUCAAGAAUAUGAUUAAUGAUUUAAACCCUGACGGAUUAACUGAAGAUUUCGAAAUUCCUACCCCCAAUGUCCGUGCCAAUGUGUUGUCCAAAGUAUUGGAAUGGUGUGAGCACCACAAGAAUACUGUUUUCCAAGAUGAUGAAGAUGAAGAUGCCAGAAGAUCGGUACCUGUUGAAGAAUGGGAUAGAAAUUACUUGAAGGUUGAUCAGGAAAUGUUGUAUGAGAUUAUUUUGGCGGCUAACUAUUUGAAUAUUAAGCCAUUGUUGGAUAGUGGAUGCAAGAUGGUUGCGGAAAUGAUUAAGAAUAAGAGUCCAGAAGAGUUGAGAAAGACUUUUAAUAUUGUUAAUGAUUUUAGUCCUGAAGAAGAGGCUGCUAUUAGAAAGGAGAAUGAAUGGGCUGAAGAUAGAUGA